AUGAACCCAAAAAUCGCUCAAUUGAAGAAAGCGAGUGGAAUUGUUAACGGUCUUUUCAAAAAUCUUCCUCAUCCCUUCGAUUUCUCUAAAUUUUUCAACGCCGAGCUAUUGACGGUUGAAUGGCCUGAAGUCUCUAACAAUUGUCUUUCUCUUCACUUGACGCCGAAUCGUUCUGAUUUAGAGUUAACAAUAGAUAAAUGGGAACUACCGGGAGUGAUUUUUCGAGUGGAACAACAAAUGAAUGAAGAACAAAAGGGUGCUCUUCUUGAGAUCGAUUACAGUUCAGAGGAAUCGAGAAAGAAUCUACGGGGAAAGUGCAAAGUUCCUUUAUUCGAUCAAGAAUUAGCGGACAUUCGAUUCUUCAAUGACAGCUCAACAAUUUUGGAUUUCUCAAUUCCUUGGUGUGAUCCGAUCAAUAAAGGAAUACAUUAUAUUUACCCAGGAUGGAAAGAAUCGAGAAGUAGUCCGUCUAAGUACGCUUUCUCCAUUGCACCUAAACAAUGGGCUCGUCUAAAGAUCACCUUCCAGUUGCCAAGAACAAAAGAAUGUUUGCGAGAAAUGGCUGAAAACAAUGAAUAUGUCUGGAUUGUUAUUUAUUUAAAAGGAGAAGGAUAUUACAAAAAAGAUCGAAAGACGCUUCAAUUUCACACUUCAUUGGAAUGCAGAGAAGAU